CCUGAGCGCCCUGCCUUUUUCACAAAUCUCGUCGCAUCAUUACAUUUCAACCCCGCACCUGCGUCUUCAUUUCUCACAAUUGUACAAUCAGUAGAUAGCAUAAUAAACUAUUCAAUUUGUCUAUUAUUCCAAUACACCUACAAAGUGCUCGUGCUUAUUCCCAGCAAUUGUACAAAAAUUAUUGUAUUUUCUUGCUAUAUCCAGCGCUACACUUUUUAUUUUUUUAUUUUUUAUCAGCUAUUUUACUAUUUUCGUGCACCCAAAUCUCGCCUCUCGCACACAUAUUUUGUCACAAUCGCUCUUGAACAAAAAAGAGAGACAGACAGUUUGCGCCAAAUCACACGCACACACACACUUACAUUGUCAAUCGUGCUCACGCGUUGCCAAAACCCUUUCGAAAUUCUCGGCGCUGCAAAAACUUUCAAACAGGCCGCACAUACACGCAUCUUUUCAAUUAAUACCAACAUCUUUCCAAGUCAGACAAUGAGCAAUCAAGUUUCCUACCCGCAUGCCACCGAUCAGGAUUCGCAACAGCUGGAGCAGCAACUUGACUUGCUCGCAGGAUACGCUGGCAUCCAGCAGCCAGCCGCACCGCUGACCUCCUCUACAACUUCGCCACAAUUCCAAGUUUCCUCGGUGGCGCCUAUAAAUGCCUUGCACACGCCUCCAGCCUCAAUUUUGGACAACUCACCAUCUUCAGCUAUUUACUAUUCAUCUACCGUCACUCACCACACCGACUGUGCAGUCUAUUGUAUCGACCAAACCAAGCCAGAAGUCAUGGAGCAAAAAGUCCGCCAGUUUUAUUCUUCGGACGGAGCCUCAUUUAUUGAGCAUGUGCCGGGCCACUGCCUGGUGUUUAUUCCCAACUCGACAAAUGUCAACCACCUGCUGAACGAGAUGCGCAAGGUUAGCCAUCCCAAGCGCAAGGCCAAGCCGGCCAAGAAUAAGUCCAAAAAGUCCAGCAAGCCGACCAACGCCUUCAUCAAAUACCGCAGCCACAAGAUUAGCGAUAUGAAGACCAUUCACCCUGAGAUUAGCCAGACCGAGAUUUCGCGCAUGGCCGGCGAGUUCUGGAAGACCGAGCCUGAGGAGCUCAAGAAUUCAUUCCGCAGAAAAUAUGUCGAGGAGAAGCGCGUCUACGACAUGAACAAGGCAAAGACCGCAAAGACUCAGAGCGAGGCCGGUUCUGAUGCCGAGGCCCUUUCCGACGUGGCGAGCGUGUCGUCAAUGCAGGCAGUGAGCAGUUUGUCAGAGUUUUCGCACCCCGAACUGUGUGGUGGUCCCAAUGGUAUGGGUGGCAUCGGUCUCAGUUUAGGCCUGGGUGUUGGCAGCGACGGCAGCCCCGUUGGCUUUAACACUGGCAGGCGCCGCAGCCACACUUUGCCGCCAGGCGGCUUUUCGCGCUCAGGUGCCAAGCGCCGCAUUUCACAAGAGCUCCGCAAGCAUCUGGCCAACAAAAAGACCACUGCGUAUAUGACUGCCGCCAACGCCAACCCCAACUCUAGCAUAAAUAUCAACAUGUUCUCGGACACCAUGCAGAAAUUCCAUCAGCAAAAUCAGAAUCAGCAGAUGCAGCCCCAGUACGAAUUCACAUUCACGACUCCGAAUAUCGACAACUGUGCGCCCUCUUCAACCAUUGGCACCAACAGUCCAUCGUAUUUGAGCUGCGACACCUCCUCGCCGAUGAUGAUGCCGCUCAACCCGAAUUUCCCGCUUGCCGAGUUUACCACCAACACAAAUUUCAGCAUUACUUCCGGUUCAUCUGCGGGCAGCCCGAACAGCAUGCAUCAGCACACUCGCUCGUUGAACAAUAUUUCUUCGGCGCCGCUAUCUAUCAACACGCCGACAUUUGCACCCGAUGCCGGAUAUGAGUCCUUUGUGCCGAGCCCGAUUAACAUUGCAAAGUCUCUCACCGACUCCAACUUGGGCAUGGGUCUGCCUAUGGUUGAUACAUCCGGCCUCAACGUCUUCAACAGCGAGCACAUACCCAUCAAUGCGUUUAGUGCUGGGUAUACCAGCGGCGAUCCCAAUUCAUGGCCAAUUCCGCAUGCCUACACGAUGAUGCCCGACAACUCGGGUGCUCAGCAGCAGCAGCAGCAUCAUUACCAACACAUGUAAUAUUGAAAAUAGGCAGUGGUUUGCCCAUAAAUCUGUUGGGCAGACAAGAUCAACCCUGAAUCCCCACUCAUGUAACCUCUUGUUUUUUUGCGCACUUCAUUCUUCCACAUCCUUUUCUUUCAAAUGGUUGUUUAUUUCUCUCAUUUUUUCUGUAAUAUUUUUUAUCAUUGUCUCUGUUUUACACGUCUUUUCAUUGUUUCUACAAAAAAAUUGGUUUCACAUUAAUUUAUAAAGUUG